GCGACUUUACCGACCGCGAUCUGUCAAACUUGUCACCGGCUUGUCAACGUGAACAAGUUUUCGUUUAGUGUAAAAAUUGAGUACAAAAUUAGUUUUAAGAAUGGAGCAGUUGUUCACACUCCCGUUUUGUAUAUUGGAGGUGCCAAAUAUGAAAAUAAAGAGACCCUCGUGGCUGCACCAACCCUCCGCUACGACGAUGUUUGCCAUAGUUCUGGGGUCGUAUUUUCUGGUUACGGGGGGUAUAAUUUAUGACGUCAUCGUGGAGCCCCCUAGCGUGGGGUCCACCACAGACGAACACGGUCAUUCGAGACCGGUUGCCUUCAUGCCUUAUAGAGUUAACGGACAAUACAUAAUGGAGGGGUUGGCGUCCAGCUUCCUAUUUUCCAUGGGUGGUUUAGGCUUCAUAGUGCUAGACCACAUCCACUCACCUCUGACCCCCAAACUUAACCGACUGUUGGUCACAGCAGUCGGUUUUAUUUGUGUUUUGGUGUCGUUUUUCACGACUUGGAUUUUCAUGCGAAUGAAGCUCCCAGGAUAUUUACAAUCAUAAUGUGAUGUAUUAAAAAGAUUACAGUGUAAGUUUGUACAUUUCACUAAAUAAAAUUGGUUACUUUGGC